GCAAAAUAGCAAAACCGAAUAAUCGUCCAACAAAUAGUAGUAAUAACAGUGUCCAAAGAAUUUAGUCCGAAAUGGCCAAUCAAUAUUGCAUCAUGUUGUUUCUUCUGAUUUCUUCUCUGUUGUCGACAAUCCUACCAGCUGCCAGCCUUUGUCCAAAUCAAGAAAACAUCGUUCCAUGCAUUUGUAAAGAUCUAGGCGACGGCCCCAUGAUGAUGUGCAGCAACCUCACUUCUGCAGAAGAACUCAUCAGCCCCAUCAAAAGCACGGAAUUUUUCAAAAUGUUUUCCUUGGUGAUUAUAAACUCAGCUCUUCUGUACAUACCCAGCAACCUCUUCGUGAAAACUCAUUUUGAAAGACUCCGAUUUGCCAAUUCCCAAAUCAUGUCUUUGUCUGACGGAGAUCUGGCCUUCGUGGGCCUCGAAGACAUCUUAGAGGAGAUUCGGGCUUCUGAUGCUCGUUACAUCACACAGUGGGACUGGUCUCAACUGAAGAACCUUCGCAAACUCGACCUUAUCGACAUUGUAGACAUCUCGAUGUACUCCAUCGACCAAGAAAUGCCUCCGCUCAAAAGCCUCACGUCCCUCGGUAUCAGCAAGGCCGAGAUAUCCUUCGUUCAUCCAACUGCUUUUAGCAAAUUGGAGAACUUGAUGCAGUUAAGUUUGGUUAACAAUGAAAUAACUGAAAUCAGCAGAGCUAUGUUGCCAGAUCCAGCUUCUAAAUUUGUAAUGAUUGAUUUGAGUGAUAACAAGUUGGAAUCGCUCCCAGAUGACAUGUUUACAAACAUGCCAAAUUUAAAAGACGUGGAAAUUAAUAACAACAGACUUAUGACUUUGAACCAAGAAACAUUCCAGUGGCUUUUCGAAAAUCUACAAUCAUUUAUGAUGACUGGAAAUGAAAUUCGCUGUGAUUGCCGUCUGAAAUGGCUUGUAGAAACACGGAAACCGACUUACUUCAAGGGCGAAUGCAGCCUACCAGACUACAUGAAAGGCGUAUCCCUGGAAAAUGUCAAUCACAAAGUUUUGGUUUGUUGACCAACCAUUAACUAAAUAAACAAGAAGAAGCAAACUAUAUCACAGUAUCUGAAAUAUUUUUCAUUUACAAUUAUCGUCUGCAACUAGGGAAAAGAAUUUUUAAAAAAAUCAUGUAAUGUUGUAAAGAUUUUCCAUUAAUCUUUUGGCGAAACUCAAAAAUAAUAAUAAAAAUACCAGAAUUUAUUUUCA